AUGGCUGCCGCCUCCGCCGUCCUCCUCCUCCUUCUGGUGCUCCUCUCAGCCUCCGCCAUCUCCACCGUCUUCUGUCGCCGGGAAAUGGAGCUGCUUGGGAUGGCUCAGACCCAUGUUCUUGAAGCCAGGACUUGGGCUGAGAGUCAUCCUCAGGGUGGCGGCGGCAUUGCUAGCCCGAUGCUGUCAUCCAGGGCGGCGUUAUUACCGGCGGCGGGUGUGGCGCUCAGGGACUGUGCUAAGCUGUAUGAAGAGAGUGAGCAGAGGCUGAAUCAGUUGGCAUUAUUAAAGGAGGGAGAUCAGGAGGAUGGUUAUGAGAGGGAAGACGAUGCAGUAACGUGGGUGAGUGGCGUAAUGAGUAACCAUAGGACAUGUUUGGAUGGUUUGGAAGAGAAAGGGUACGACGUGGGAACUCAGGGUUUGCAUAAAAACUUGACUUUAUUGCUUGGAGAGACUCUUCACUUGUUUGCUAAGAACAAGCACAAAGCCAAAGCAAAAGCAAAACCAAAAAGUAAAAGCACCACGAAAGGAAAACAUAUCGAAGUCAUACGGGGACUAUUGGCGUCAUGGAAUCCGACAGAGUCAAAGGCCCAUUUCGCGGUGGCUCAGGAUGGUUCCGGCAGCCACACGACGAUCGGAGCCGCCAUUGAAGCCGUAAGUUCAAUGGGUCACAAUCGUCCCGAAAGAGUCAUUAUCCACGUCAAAUCAGGAGUCUACAACGAGAAGGUCGAGAUCGGAUACAAGCUCAAGAACUUGAUGCUUGUCGGAGACGGCAUCGGUAAGACCAUCAUCACCGGUGCCAGGAGUGUCCGCCAUGGUUCCUCCACCGUCGGCUCCGCCACAUUCGAUGUAUCAGGGGAUGGAUUCUGGGGAAGGGACAUGACGAUCGAGAACAGAGCAGGCCCACAGGAUCAUCAAGCUGUCGCGAUGAAGGUGAGCUCAGACCUCUCCGUCUUUUACAGAUGCAGCUUCAGAGGCUACCAAGACACACUCUACGUCCAUUCCAAUCGUCAAUUCUACAGAGACUCCAUAAUUUCCGGCACCGUCGACUUCAUAUUCGGCGACGCCUCCGUCGUCUUCCAGAACUGCGACAUCCUCCUGCAGCAGCCAGCGUCUCACCAGUCCAUCUUCAUCACAGCACAGGGACGGGACGACCCGAACCAACCCACGGGGAUUGUGAUCCAAAACUGUAAAGUCAGGCCGGCCUCGGGCUCCGCCGGGGCAAAAAACUACCUGGGAAGGCCAUGGAAGAAGUAUUCAAGGACGGUGUUCAUGAAGAAUGAUCUGGAUGGUUGUAUUGAUCCUAAAGGGUGGAGUGAGUGGGAUGGUGGUUUUGCAUUAUCGACUCUAUAUUAUGCAGAGUAUAUGAACAAUGGUGCCGGUGCUUCUACUCAGAACAGAGUGAAAUGGCCUGGCUUUCACGUGCUGCUCUCUACUUCUGAGGUUAUGCCUUUCUCUGUUAACGAGUUUCUAGGCGGAGGUCGGUGGAUUCCGGCCACCGGUGUGCCCUUUUCAGCCGGCGUUUGACGUGU